UUCAUAAGCGCCACCCUGCAAAGAAUUUGUGUUACUAGAAGUCCUGAAGGUGUGGAUGCUACAGUAUUGCGAUCCGCUUCGAAGGGCUUACUGUAAGUGGAUAGAUAUCCUUUGCCUCCAGGUCCAUGAGUCCUGCGGCGAGUUUGUACCUUCUCUUCCGGCUCAGCUUGCCUGACACUGUUCUUAGGAAAAUACUCCACGGCAUUUACUGAAGACGAGAUAGACGUUUGUCUUCUCUAAAAGGUCGUCAGCAUGCCUCCCAGACGCGCCUCUACACGGCGUGCCGGAGCGGUAACUCGAUCUUCUGACUAUGGGACUCCUUCGUACAUUCCCAGCAUGUCGAGUCCAGAUGCGAGGAAUCCUGCCUUGCCUAAUAUACCAACUAAGCAAUCGUUUGCCUAUGGUUCAUCAACUACGCCAAUUCUUCCUCGCGAGCUUGCGGCGAAGCCCAAGAUGAACCUAACUGAAAUGGCCAACAAUAUUGAUGAAGGCCUCAGAGCCGCCCAAGGCCGAGACAACGACAGACCUCACAUGAACACUCGUUCACGAAGAAACUCUGUUGCUGCAAGCCUAUCCCCUGUUCGACGAAACCGCCGUGAGCCAACUCCAGAUCAGCUGCAGCUGCUCGAUUCAUUACGUGAAGCCACUAUGUCACCUCGUCCUAAUGGUCAAGACGGGUCAAAUCAGGGACAAUCUACCCCUACUCCCACGCCUCCUAUUCCACAUACUCUAUCCACAGCAUCCAGUCCUGCUACUGAGUCUCUUACCAACCCCAGAUACCCUGUUUUGACUACCGAUCAACUAUAUCCGUCUCCGCUUCUGCGGUUUGGCUCUCCCAAUCGGAAUGGAGUCUCGUUAAGCUCACCCAAUUUUGGAAACUCCAUCGACAACGAAUCUAUCAUCUCGUGGAAUGUAGAGCGCGACAUCAAUGAAGAUGAAUUGCAACGAACACGUCCGAACGGGUACCUUGAUGGACCGCAUGGAAAGAACAUUACAGCGCCUCCACGCCGGUUUUCAGGUUUCGCAUUUGCCCAAGAACCCAUUGAGGAAGUCGAUGAGCCGACUACUCAGUUAUCUAUCUCUAAAUCCCGCUCCCCUGAGGCUACGACCAUCGAUCUUCAGCCGAAUCCCGAACCACAAUCAGAGUCAGUGCCGGAAAUAGAGCCGGAAAGGCAACAACAACCACAACCAGAGCCAGAGCCAGAGCCAGAGCCAGAACCCGAACCCGAACCCGAACCUGCGCCUGUACUGACAGCUAAACCUGAACUUUCCACAGCUCCGGCUAAGACAAUUAUUCCCAGCAAUCCCGUACGUGAGGCUUCAUUCGACGAGAACACGCCUCCGUUCCGAGGGCGCGUCAAAAGCAAUAUGUGUUCAAUGGGAAGUGCCACCAUUGGCUUCCAGAAAGGCCCGGCUAUCCGAAUCGCUACUCUUGUGAUACUUGCAGUAGCAUCAAUUUUCACAGCAUAUUGUUUUGGUGACCGAAUCUCCAGUAUUACAUCGAGUAUCGGCUCGCAUCUUCCAUUGUACGGAAGCCCUUUCCGCGACUUGAACUCUACUGCUUUGGAAGCAGUCCACGGCCUUUCUAAACAAGUAGUGAGUCUUGGGGUAGAGGUGACUUCGCUGUCCAAGGAAGUGGACGUUAUUAAAUCAGAGGCUGAACAUGUACCUGCACCUACCACGAUUGUCCAACCGAUCCCAGUUCGCCAGGAGAUACCGAAAACCAAUUUUCUAUCCAUUGGCAUGGGUGUGUUUGUCGAUCCAUAUAACACAAGCCCCACGUCUGGGCGCUCUGCGAACAUCUUCCAGAAACUUCAACACAAAAUCCUGUCCGGGGGCUGGCAACGGCAUUCGCAGCCUCCUCUUGCAGCUUUGACACCCUGGCAGGAUGUGGGAGAAUGCUGGUGCAGCAAACCUCGCUCCGGCAUGUCUCAGCUCGCGCUACACUUAGGGCGUAAAAUUGUGCCCGAGGAGGUGGUCGUAGAGCACAUACCGAAGGGGGCAAGCAUUCAGCCCGAAGUCGCACCUCGAGAUAUGGAGCUGUGGGCCCAAUUCCAGGUUGCUGAUGGAUCAGACUCUGAUUCGUUUCCCUCUUCCUCAUUCUUCCCCUUGCGGGAAUCUGGAAAGUUAUAUGAGCAAUUUCCUCUCCACAAUCACAUCAUUGAUACCCUUCGGCUGGCAUAUAAGGGUGAGCCGGAAAGCGCAUACUCGAAUGAUGAACUCCUGGGGCCUUCGUUCUAUCGUGUGGGACGGUGGACUUACGAUUUGGACGGCACGAAUCACAUCCAGAAGUUCGAGCUAGAUGCCAUCAUCGAUGUUCCAGCAAUCCGAGUAAAUAAGGUGGUUUUCCGGGUCAAGUCGAACUGGGGAGCAAACGAUACGUGCCUCUAUCGGUUGAAAUUAUAUGGUCACAUGUAGGUUAUAACCUACACCGCAGAUAAAUUUGUGUUCUUCCUGUUUUUAUGUUUUUGGAAAAGGUGCUAGGCGAAACCCCGGAAUAAGUGUGGUGUUCUGGCACUGUGAAGCCAACUACUUGUUGCAUAUUUCUUUUUCCCUUCCGUUUUACAUUUUGUUUCGUCUUUUUCCUGCAGUUUGGCUUCAAGGUGUGACGGCAAGCCAGGUUCCUUGUUUCACUUUGAUAUCUUUGUCGUUCUUCUCUUAGAUGCAUGGCGUGGCAUGGAAGGGGCGUUGCGGUCUGAUUCGAGAUAUCCGGCUCUCAGUUCUUAGUAUUGAUGCAUUUCAUUUUAAUAUAAAUGACUGUUAUCUCCAGCUUUUGUAGCAUAUUUCACCAUAGCACACAUAAGCCCCCCACACCCAACUUCCCUAUGCACCAA